AUGACAAUGAAUAGAGAGGAUGAUUCGUUGCAGUGUUUUGAUAGGGAAUAUCUAUCUUUGGAUUUUCAAAAGAAUUUGAUUCGGGCCUUGAAGAUCAAUGCAGAGAUGGAAAAGAAAUUUAAUUCUGGUCCGAUAUCAGAAGUAAAACUGGAUUUGAAUUAUUUGGAAGAUUUUUUCAAAACGUGCUUUGAUGUUGUUAAACCCAUCAGAAAGGCAUGGAAAUUACUAUCAAUGAUGGCUCUCAACUCACCCUCCAUGAAUUUUGAAGACCUACGGAAGGAACAAAUCAUGAUACAAAACAUUUAUCUCAAGUUGUUUGAUGAUAAGCUAGUACAUCGGUUUGCAACAGCAAAAGUAGUCAUUUUGAAAUAUUGGAACAAAAUCAUGUCCGAUUACGAGAAAAUACAUGAGUAUUCAUGUGAAUUAUUUCGCUCUCAAAUCAAUCGAGUUCUUGAAGUUGUCAACCAAAUGAACCUCCUCUCAUUAGAGUAUCUCCAACUGAUUAAUACGCUGAAACAAUACUUUUUAGAUUCAUGGUUUUUGAAUAUGCGGCCGAGUGUAAUGAGCUCAUCUUUUGACAAAUUUUGUGAACAAUUCAAUAAUGUGGAAAUCUCGUUAGAAUCGUUCAUAAUUUCCUCACAAGAAUUAAUGAAAUGCGCCGCCGAUGUUCGAUUAGAGAGAAUUUACAAUAUAGAAGGACGAAUUCCAAUUAAGAAACUCAGUCUCUUGGAUACUGUAGAUUUAAAUGCCAUUGACACUAGUUUUGUUUUUCAUUCUCCAAGAUCAUUUACAUCUCCGAGAGCAAACUCAACUACUAUUUUAUCUUGUGGAAACACAUCGGCCGAUCUUAGUAGCCCUCCCCAAGAGUAUUUUGCAUUUCCAAAGAAACAGCAACAAAUAGAUAACAUGAACUCGUCCCGUAUUCGAGUACAAAAACAAAUUACAAUGAAUUGGGAGGAUUGUAAAAAAUAUUUAGAAGGAUUAAUUUCGGAAGAGUUUGUCUACAUCAGUGGAGUGACAGAAAUUAUUAAGGAAAAGCUGAAACAAGUGUCUUUACCGUUUUUAACAUGUGGUUCAGUCCGAAUGUUGAUGAAUCCUGAUUUUUCGAGUCUUCAGUAUGGACAUAUCGCAGAAAAUAGAAAGAACUUUCAACAGUCCAUCAGCAAUUCAAAGACUUUAAACAUGUCCACACUAUCUGCUUGCACUAGCAUAGAUGCACACGAACAGGAUUCCUUAGUCUCUAAAGACAUUUUCAGACUCGAUACUGAACGAAUUAAUUCGGCCACUAGUGAUGAUUUAUUUGACUACAAUAGCACCUUGAAACAAAUUGAAGACAUGAACAUUUCUUUUUUGCAGAUGGGUGAAGUGUUCUUUCCCUCGUUAGAAGAGAAGAAUGUUGAAAGUUUGACUUUGUUUUAUGUCGAGUACUUGAAUAAUAGAAUUUUUUCAAUGGUUCACGGAGAGAGUUCAAUUAAUGAGCCGUCAACAUCAUCGAAUGAAAGAGUAGAGCCAUUGAGUAUUAAGAAAAAAGAUGAGCCACUGUGCAAACCCAUUCUUCACUGUGUGCAUGAGAGUAUACGACUGGCAAAACGUCAAUCUACUAAGGAAAAUUUAAACCAUUCUCAUGUGACAACCGUGUCACCACGAAAAAUUCUACAACAAGGUUUUCAUGGGUGCAACUCUGCUUUUUUUAACCUUCUAUUUACUAGUCUAAAAUAUAUGUCCAUUGAUAAAUACGUUUCUAGUGGAAAGAGAAAUGAAGAUACUUCUGUUAAUUGUGUAGAAGAAGAGGAUUUUCCUUCUAUUUAUCGGAUGUUGUUUGGUUUUGCCCCCAACUCGCACAAAAAGAGCUCCGAUCCAACCAUGAGGCACAGUCUGAACGAUCUCAGGAAUAGUUUGGGGAAAUCGAAAACAAACUUACAUCAAAAUAAUGAUCAGCUCAUUGACUGGAUUCAAGAAAAUCGUUUUGAAUUAUUUAGCAUUUUUCAAAUGAUUGCCAAUUUUACUCAUUUCAAAAUUCAAGAACUCAGGAGAGCUAAGGAAUGCAAAAUGGAUUGUGUCACUCUCUCCUCCGAUCUCUAUGCCCUCCUUGAAUUUCUUUACCAUUUGGUGCAGGUAUUACAAGGAUCUACGCAUGUUCGUACUUAUGGAUUUCAGAGCCAUCUCGACAAAUCUUGCACUCACGCUCUCACAGAAACAAACUGUCUCUUGAUGCUAAAAUCCUUGCUUAAUGGAAUGAAAAGAGGUGUGGGAAUGAUUACUGACUGUUUUUUCUCUUCUCUCAGAAAUGAGCUAGAUGAACAAAUAGAACGACUCUUUCAGGAGAGUGAUUUCAACUUUGGAAAGUACUAUUCACAGUUUCAAAAACCGACCAAACCAGGCAACAAGAGAAGAAUUGUUCCCAUGAAAACGGACAAGAAAAGCCUAGUUGAACAAUGCUUUGAAAUAGUUAUUCCUUUCAUCAAUGCUGUCAGAGAAAACGAAACCUUCAGUGACGAGGUUCGAAGUGAAUUCUGUGAAAAGUGUUGCAGAAUGGUUGUCAACACCUAUGUCGGCUUUAUUGAAAAACAUCACGAGGACAAUAUUGCGUCUUUGAGCAAGAAAAGAGCAAGCGAGAGAGUUAAGACUGUCAACAAAUUGACCGUUUCGCUUUUGGAUCAAUUGGCCGAAGACAAAUUCACAAUUAUGAAAUCGUUGGAUCAAAUUUCGAAACCGACCAUGGAUGCCACAUUGAGAGACUCCAUACUGCGAAAUAAAAUACUAAGCUUAAGAGAAACCAAAUAA